AAAAAAAAUAGAAAGAAAGAAAGAAAGAAAGAAAGAAAGAAAAGGAAAAAGGGUGCGUAACAAGACUGCGGCGGCCAUGGCUUCGCCGGAGCUCGGCGGUGGCGCCGGCAGCUACGAUUUCCACCUCCGCUCGCUCUCCGCUGCCUCACGGGACUCUGCUGCGGCCGCUGACCCCGCCUCCGACCCCAACCUCCUCCAAUCCGUGAGGAGGGUGUGCGAGAUGUGCCGGGAAGCGAAGGAUGCGAGGGACGAGAUGGUGGCGCGGGCGUUCCCGGUGAUGAGCAAACUGUUUCAGCGAUGCGCCGCCGCUCCGAUCCAGGCCGUGGCCUCCACCGGCGUGCUGCUUCUUACUAUUCUGCAAUUCUUCCUGGACUUUGGGGAGGCAGUCUUGCAUGAUGCUGAUGGUAGUUUGAAAAUCUUCUUCCGCUCUUGCUUGAGUAGGGAGUUCGCGGAUCCUGUUGUUGCAGAGCGCACCCUUGAAUUCCUUGUAGCAAACAAGACAAAGAUCCUUAGUUCUUUUCCCACCUUGAUUCCACAGUUUUAUCCGUUGCUGUUGAAGCUAAUUGCAUCAAAUGGUGAGAGACUGGAAAAGAAGUUUUUGGAAAUGCUUCCAUUAAUGAUGUCAGCGGGGUCUUUUCUUCCGCUCUUCCUGUCCCUUAUGGAUCUACCAAUGUUGGUGGUGGCAUUGGAGAAGGUGGAAAGAAGUUCUGGAACUCUUAUUGGUAGUAGUAUAGCUACAAUCCAGAAGAGUGCUGCUCCUGAGAUGCUUCUUGCACUGAUGGAUGAGGCAUACACUGGUUCUACAAUAGAAGAUUCUAGGGGUAAUUCAGGUUCUGAUGAUAGUAGUCCUCUAGACCUCGCUGAUCCAAUGUUCCUAGACCUUCUGAAAGAUGAGAAUGAUGGUAUUGCCGCAAAACAUUGGAUAUCCCCUACAGUAUCUUCAACAUUACAAGCAGCAGUUAACAGCCCACAAUCAGACAGAUUAAAACAGUCACUGGAAAUGGCACCUCGCUUUCUUUCUUUGUAUUUUGCAAUUGCAUUGCGGGAUGUUAACGAUUCGCUGUUGUGUGCUCUUAUUCCAGUAGUUAUGUCAAGAUAUGCUGCAAUGUUCCCAGACAAGGUUUUCUCAUUCGAGGUUAGAAAAAGACUGUCGGAUUUCAUAUUGGCUGCCUUCCAGCGGUCUCCUGACAUCAUUGCAGUACUGAAGAAGCCUAUUACUGACAGACUUGGUGAAGCUCAUGAUAAUCCUGCAAAGACAGAAUUAGCAUUGCACUUAUGCUGGGCCAUUGGCGAGCAUGGAGCUGGAGGUGUAAAUCGCAAAGAUGUAGCUCGUGAACUAUUUGAAAAUUUGGAAUUGUUAUUGUAUGAAAACCUGGCAACCAGUCGUUUGGGAUUAAGCCAGGAACCAGGAUUUGAUUCGAUGGGUGCAUCUUCUAGAAAGUCAUCCCAAGCUAGGCUCCUCUGCUUUGUGGUGACCGCCAUUGCAAAACUAGCAACAUGCCACAGUGAGUUGCUUCCGAGAGCACGUGUAUCAUUGGCAAAGGUUGCUCGUUCCCGAACAUCAGACAGGAGAGUCUGGCAACGUGCCUGUGACUAUUUAGGGCUCAUGAAUGAACCAGCCAUCUGUUUAUCUGUACUGGGAUCAUCCACUGCCCAAGGAAAUGGACCUGGUAUUGUUAACUGGUGCGAAGGAGGAACAAAGAUGGUAGCUCAUGUUCCCUUUUACCUUUUAGCGGAGCAAAAAGGUCCACCAUUUCAUGACUUUUCAUUUGCGGACCUUCUCCCAGCAGAAUGAAGAGCAAAUAUCUUCAUGGAUCAUGAGUGACAUGGUUCAGGCACUGAUUUCACUAGCAGAAUGCCAUGUCUUGUGGCGACCUUAUUUUGUGAUCACAGCAUGUUGAAGAUCCAAAUUCAUUUUCAAAAACGGCUUGUAUCAGCUAGUACAUGGUUUUGAAUAUUAGAGAGGCACUCAGGAGUCAGGACUGUAGUGUACAUGGAGUGACUCCUGCGUCUUCUGAGGGAGAACAGUGCUGUAAAUGUAACGUCUAUACCUUUAUUGCACAACUUAAGGAUAAGCUGUUUUAUAUGAAGUGGCUCUAAACAUAAAGAUACCCAACAAUAUAUCAAAAGUUGAAGUCGUAGCA